AUUUGUGUGCUACAACAUGAUGGUCUCUUGACACACAUUCACCAGUUCGCCCGAUCGGCAGUAAUGAAUUGUAAUGCAGGUUCUAAUGCAGUUUCUAGAACCAGCUAGUCUUGUUCAAAUUCAACUGUAGAACAAAAACUGAAAAUCUAAGCGAAAGAUCUGCCGCUGCAUGAUUUCAUAUAACAGAUACACAAGUAAGACGUCGACAUCAAGUGCCACCAUGCCUCGAGGGAUCACACGCACUAGCUUAACAACCUUGGUUUUGCUAGCAUGUGUGUUGACUAUUUGCUAUAUGGCGGGAGCCUCUUUGAGAGAAGUUGGGUCUGUGUCGUUGAGUUUUCUGUCGCGGCCGUCGCUCGCGUUAGCAAGACUGUUCGCUGCGAAUGCGACGAAGAGCGACUCUAGAGAGGCGGAGAGAAACUGUAAGCCGGUGAACGACGUGUUCUUCCUGAAGACGCACAAGUGCGCGAGCAGCAGUCUGCAGAACCUCUUCAUGCGCUACGGUAAAAACCGCAACCUGACGUUUGUGCUUCCCUCCUACGGCAACUACCUCGGCUCUCCGGCGCGGUUUAGCUCGCGCAUGAUGAUGCAGCAUCCAAGCGGCGUCUACAACAUCUUCUGCCACCACUCGCGCUACAGCGAGACGCAGGUGCGCGCCGUCAUGCCCUACGCGACGUUCGUGUCGAUCCUGCGGCGGCCGGCAGAGCUGCUCGAGUCCCUCUACUCGUUCUCGAAGCUCACAAAACUCUACGGCGUCGACUUUGACAUGUUCAUACGUCGGCCGGACGCGUACUUUGCGCGACACAAGCCCGGCCACCCACCCGCGAUGAACACGAUGCUGUUUGACUUCGGUCUCGACACCAUCGACAGUCUCAAUCGGGCGAAGGUCGACGCGAAGAUCGCGACGAUCGCAAAGCAGUUUUCGCUGAUCAUGAUCGCUGAGCGCUUUGACGAGUCGCUCGUGCUGCUGCGUGACGAGCUCUGCUGGUCGUGGGACGACGUCGUAGUCUUCAAGCAGAACGCGCGCAUCCGCAAGACGCGGCUAACGGAGGAGCAGCUGGCGCUCGUCGAUGCGUGGAGCGCGGGCGAUGCGGCGCUUUACCAGCACUUCUACCCCGUGUUUGAGGACAAGGUGAGGCGGUACGGCGCCGCGCGCAUGCAACGGGAUCUCGCCGCGCUGCACGAGCAUACGCAGCGCAUGUACGACCACUGUGUCGACCAUCUGGUGACACAGAAGGAGAUACACGAUCCCAAACUGAAGUCAUGGUCGGCAGACGUCUUCAACUUCCGUCUGAAGAGCAACGACAGUGCCUGCAUUGAUCUCGCAAAAGCUGAACUGCCUUUCACCACCGAGCUCAAGCGGAGGCUGUGGCCCAACAAGAAAUUUGUAGUGUGAUGUAAGUAAUGUUGCUGCAUUGCUACUGAGAGAACAGUUUGUGAUUUUCCUCCACAGAUAUUUGUUCCUAUUGGAACACUAUCUGAUGCAUAUUACAAUACAUGUAUGUGCAGGGAAGGAGGAGAUUUUUGGAUGCCUUGAUUUUUGGAUGCUUGGUGUCUAGUGGUUUGGUUUGAGGAUAUUGUUGACUUCGUUUGCUACUCACAUUGCAUGUGUAGGUUGAAGUGUGCAAGUAUAAAAUGUGUUUUUGUGGAUAAUCAUGUUUGUUGUGUUUGCGGCAGACGAGUAAUAACACCUCGAUGUAUGAGCAUUUGAGAUACAAAGCUUCAACAAUGUGAACAACCAUGUUUGCAUUUUCAGUUAAAUUUCUUGGACCACUGCCAUCAUGUAUGCCAUACAAUAGAUGACGUUUUUCGUUUGCAGCUAUGUUUGUUUUGUGUUGCUACCGAGAGAACCUUGCCUAUUUGGCAAACACUACUAGCCAAGGUCAAAAGUUGUUUGGAAAAGAACAAAAGCACACAGCAAUCAUGCUUGAUCUCGGAUAAGCCAAUAGGCAAUAUAUAACAUUAGUGGAUUAUUGUUGUUUUUUACCUUCUGCAGUUUUUUAGUGCUUUGUUGUCUGCAUUUGGUCAUUUAUAGUCUUUAAUUUAUUGGUUGUUUGCUAGUGUUUCAGCUUGGCACCAGUUGUAAAGGUGUUUUUAACUACAUAGAGGGUUUUCUACACAUCUAGAACUUAGAAGUAAGAUAUGUUUAUAAUGUUGACAGACUCUUUCAGAAAUACAGUGAGAAGAGAGGUACUGUGUGUAGUAUUGGGGUUCUAUGUGUACCAGUGUUAUAGCCGGUUCGUGAGACACGUCGGGAGGUGCCCGACUGUGUGUAGGCACCGCACGUGAUCGUAUAGGUGUUCUAAACCUUGCGUUGUGUUAUAUUGUUCUUAACCUGUUAACCCGUUGUUUCGUUUCGUGUUUGCGUUUCCGCUUGAAGGAAUGUCAGCUUCUCUUUGUCUCUCGUGCGACGUAAGGCGAGUAACGAAUAACUUCACAGUAGACAGGCAUGUCAGUUGGCUGCUGGCUGCGUAUUUAUUGCAAAAAUGUUAUUUAUUGUGAUACGAGCCUCCAAUUUUGUGUGUGAAAUAACCUGCUCAAUCCGUGUAAACUUACAAAUUACAUAUAUGAGCGAGUUGUCAUUUGUCUAGUUGUGGUCAUAAUUUACUAAUUACGUAUUGACGAAUUUACGUAACCCGAGUUGUCGUACGUGGGGUAUUAGUAUUACUGUGUGAAUAUACUGUGUGCAUAAACAUACACUUUAUUUACACAAGCUUAUCCAAGUUACAGGAUCAACAGAAUUGUAUCAAUCCAGCUGAUCCAGUCAUCAAUUUUUUAUACUAUCUAUAGCUGUUUACAUCUUUUAAACUGAAUUAGAUUUAAUGCGUGAUGAAAUUUCCCCUAAAAUACCAGCAGGGUAGAUAAUUACAAUAUGUCAUUAUCUACCCCUGAUACCAAUAAAUUCACAUUAACCCAAAUGUAAAGGAUGGACCCAAAUUACAUGUAUUUAUUUAUCUCCUAAUAAUAGUAAAGGGAUUGAUGGUUUGGUCGUCUUCCAUCGUAAAUAACCUAUAGCUUAUAACUUAUAACAAAGGCACGCUGUGAUAGCUGGUGCACGUGAAGAGUAUAUAUAGGAUAUAUAUUAUUUAUGUGUAUGUGCAUGUGAAUGUGUUAUUAUCAGUAAGCAUAUUUGUGUAU